AUGCCACCGGCUCCAUCUUUCCCGGCCUCGCCCUCUUCGGGGACCCGCAAGCGUUCCAUUCACGAAGUUGAUGAUGCGACCCCAUCGCCAAACGCGAAGCGCACCACCGACCACGCUGGUGAAGAUCAAGAGAACCGCGCUCCUUCUCUCCCUCUACCGGCUGACCAUGGGUCCCCCGCGUCUGAUGCUCCGAAAACUACGAUGACACCUCGCUCCACUAUUGAAAUCGUGGUGAGAAAUGCUGCAAGGAACCUGGAAGAUCGUUCUAACCUUGACCGGGAACUAACUUCGCCGUCAAACAAGGCUUCCAAUCCUGAACCUGAUACACCGGCGUCUAAGAAGCGCAAGGUUGCCUCGGCUGGCAAAGAUGCUAAGCAGCAAGAAAAAGAAGCCAAGGAUCGCCAAAAAGCGGAAGAAAAGUCAAAGAAAGAAGAAGAGAAAGUAAAGAGGGAAGAGGAAAAGGUGAAGAAGGAAGAAGAAAAGCGCUUGAGGGCCGAAGAAAAGAAGAAACGCGAGGCCGAACGUGAGGAGGAGAAGCGCAAGAAGGAGGCUCAACGCGAAGAAGAACGGAAGCAGCGUGAUGAAAAGAAGAAAGCAAAGGAAGAUGAGAAAGCCGCCAAAGAAGCCGCCAAAGAGGAAGAGAAGCGCAAAAAAGAUGAGGAGAAGGAGAAGAAGACCCGAUCACAAAUGAAACUCAACUCGUUCUUUGCCAAACCGACGUUACCUCCCACUUCGUCAAGCCAGGUGACUACUGUCCCUUCGUCCCCUAGGAAGUCAUCUACAGGAGAGGCUUCUCAUGAACCUCGUGAAUUACAGUCGGACUACGUGCGGGAGUUUCCCGCUUUCUUCCUCAAAUCACAUACUAUUGUGGCGCCACCUCAUCGCUUCGAACGUGACGUUGAAGCACUUGCACAUGUCCGCCAAACCGUCGACUCAUCUCUAAGCAAAGAAACACUGGAUGAAAUACAUCCAUUCCGUCCAUCAGAGGUCUUCCAACUAAUCCCCUUCAAUCGCCGACGAGGGCAGCGGACUGCCUCUGUCAGGGAAAUACUCUCGCAGUUACAAAAAUCCGACGAGCAGCCAGCUCAUAGUCAGGAUACUGCAAAACCCCAACAGCUCCUGCGCAAAGUCACGAUGAAGUCUUUAAAGUUUGGUGAAGACAUCCGCCCUCCCUAUCAGGGAACUUAUACCCGUCACGUGCCCGAGUCAUCUGCGAAGAGACUUGCGAGAAACCCCUACCACCGCGGGCUGCCUGAUACCAACUAUGAUUACGACUCCGAGGCAGAAUGGGAGGAACCCGAAGAGGGCGAAGAGCUGGACUCUGAAGAAGAAGACGAGGGCAGUGACGAGGGCGAAGAUGAUCUCGAUGGCUUCCUUGACGACGAAGAUGACGCCCUCGCUGAGGGUAAACGCCGCCUCAUUGUUGGUGAUUUAGAACCUGUCACUACGGGUAUCCAGUGGGCCGCUGAUGGAGUGCCCCCGGAAAAUCAACUCUACCGGAUUCAAACUAUCUCCGAUGGAGUGAACUUCCCCAUCGACCCCUUCUCAACUGCAUACUGGGAAAAGCCGAAGCCGCUAGACCAGCCCGCGAAAGCACCGAGUGAUGGGUUCCGCGUUCCUGCUCUCCCAGUACCAGCAGCAGGCGGCGUUUUACCACCAUCAAAGGCUAAGCGACCAUUCCCACCCGAGCAAAUUGCCGAAUUUAAAGAAGCAGUCGAGGGUAGUGAUCUUAGCAAGAUUGGGUUGGUUGAGAUCUUGAAGAAACGAUUCCCCAAAGUGUCGAAAGAAACAUUAAAAGCAACGCUUGACCAAGUUGCUGUUCGUGUGGGUCAGAAGGAAGUUGAUAAGAAAUGGGUCUGUCGGUGA